AUGCCCGGGCUGGCGGGUGAGGCGGGGGCCGAGAGCGGGCCCCGGGCCCCUCCGCUGUACGAGGAGUACCGCCCGCCGCCCCUGGACGCCAUCCGCCUGCCCCGGUACGCGCUGUACCUGCUGCUGGCGGCGCUGCUGGUGGUGGCCGUGGCCUAUGCCAUCGUGGGCCAUCUCAUCAAGGACCUGGCCCACGACCUGGCCGACUGGGCCUUUGGCCCGAAGCCGGACCAGGAGGACGCCCCCCGGGAGCUGCGCCCGAGCCUGGAGGGCGAGGAUCUGGAGGAGCUGGCCCUGGCCUGGCGGGGCGAUGAGGACAGCGGCGGGGGCGGGGAGGGGGCGCCUGCCGCGGCCCCCGCCCGGGCCCCCCACCGCCCCUCCAUCGCCUUCAAGGAGCCGCCCACCCGGAGCUCCUGGAGGCUGGACUGA